GCCGGGUUCAAAACAUUCAUCUGCCCAACACCAUCACCGCCGCCACUACAGGUGCAUCUCUUCCCUCUUCAUACCCACACACCCCUCCUUUCUUUGCACCCAGAUACCCGCCACGAAGCCCCCACUUCUAGGCAUUUACAUCACUCGACCGCUUCCCAGUCACAACUCUUCUCUUCGUGUCCACAGAACAGAUCACAACCACACAAUGGCUGCCCCAGCUCAGCAGGUGCCUACCUUCAAGCUUGUGCUUGUCGGUGAUGGCGGUACCGGAAAGACAACCUUCGUCAAGCGCCACUUGACUGGUGAAUUCGAGAAGAAGUACAUGGCCACCCUUGGUGUUGAGGUCCACCCCCUCGGCUUCACGACCAACUACGGUCAGAUCCAGUUCGACGUGUGGGACACCGCUGGACAGGAGAAGUUCGGUGGUCUCCGUGAUGGCUACUACAUCAACGGCCAGUGCGGUAUCAUCAUGUUCGAUGUCACCUCCCGUAUCACCUACAAGAACGUCCCCAACUGGCACCGUGACCUCGUCCGUGUCUGUGAGAACAUCCCCAUCGUCCUCUGCGGAAACAAGGUCGAUGUCAAGGAGCGUAAGGUGAAGGCCAAGACCAUCACCUUCCACCGCAAGAAGAACCUGCAGUACUACGACAUCUCUGCCAAGUCCAACUACAACUUCGAGAAGCCCUUCCUGUGGCUGGCUCGCAAGCUCGUUGGCAACCCCGGUCUUGAGUUCGUUGCUGCUCCUGCUCUUGCCCCCCCCACUGCCCAGGUCGACGAGUCGCUCCUUGCCCAGUACGCCAAGGAGAUGGAGGAGGCUUCCGCUAUGCCCCUGCCCGGCGAGGACGAGGACGACGACCUGUAAAAGGGUUGCUCUCAACCUUGCAACACACCUUCAGGAGACACUGUGCGGUGGAUAGAUUUCACGGGCUCUUUCAUUCGACGUGAACAGCAUCUUGCUUAGGGACAGCGACAUAUACAGGCAGGGCGGGCCAAGGCAGGAUUAGGCCACGUUGAUGAGCCCACGAUGGGAUACAGGAUGCGAAAAUGUGAGGCGCGAUGCAUUAAUGGCUGAGGAGGCACGUCGUCCGGUCUUGGGUUUGAUGCAGCAUCGGCCCUUCGCGUUCCGAGAGUAGAAUUCCGCGCCACGCUCUGCACUCAGGCGCAACUUAGGUAGAAUAUCACCGAAAAAGUCUCAAUAGCGACCCCCUAGGCCAACUGGUCAUCUUACACACCGCAAAAGGUCUUGACUGGUUCCGUUUUGACGCAGCUUGCAUGCACAGUGGGGGAGGGUCAACGCAAACAGCGACGCACCGAAAAGGAGUAGACGCGAUCGUGGCCAGCGUAGUAUUUGAUCCAUUGAACAAUGCAAGGUUUUGCAAUGA